CCUUCGAGUUAAUCACCACUUGCUUACAUGUGACUACAAAUACCAUUAUCAUAUUUGAUCAAUAAAGUAGUGAAAAUAGGCGGGGAUUUAAACAACAGGAAGUAAGAAAUACAAGACGGCAGCAUGAAGAGAUCCGAACGUGCUGAGCAAGACAGAGCAAAAGAAAUCAAGAAGCAGAAACUUCUGCAUCAACUUGGAGGACAACAGCUUCCAUAUUUAACUCCCAGUGAUGAAGGUUUUCAACUCCUGUGGAAGACCAAAUAUACAAAUUUGAUUCUGAGAGAAGCCAACAAGAUACCUUUUGACCUACAUGUCCAGGUGCAGAGAGCCUUCUCCAGUCUCCUUCAGUGUGGCUGCUUUUUCCGUGACCUUGUACAUAUCCGAGGCAAAGAUGUUUUCACUGCUGUGUCCCGUAUUAUUAUUGGAAACCCAGGAUGUACAUACAAGUACCUAAGCACCAGACUUUUUCCUAUUCCAUGGCAAACAAUACAGUCUAAAAUAACCUAUAGUCAAGAAGAAAUUGCCAUGUCUUGUCAUGCACUAAAGGAGUUCAAUAAUUAUUUGUGCAGUAUAGUUGGCAAUGAUGUAGUGAGAAGUGAAGAUUCAAAGGUUAUUGGAGAAAGUCUGGAAAACAACUUAGUACAGCCUGAUUUGGCAAAAUCCUGUGAAAGUGAAAAGGGCAUUGAAGUUCCAUUGAGCUCUGUGGAGGAGCCACCUGUUCAAAAGCAGUCCAGACACAAAGCAGUAGGGGCACUGUUCAACGUCACGCUUCUCAACUACAUGGAUCCAAAGACUAUGACAUACCUCAAAGAAGAGCCUUAUUUUGGAAUGGGGCCUAUGGCAGUCGGCUGGCAUCAUGAUGAAAGUCUGGUACGAGGUUCACCAGUGGCAGUAUACAAUUACAGCUCAAGUGACCCUGGGACUACCUCAGAUAAGAAAGCAUGUUGGCGUGCAGGUCUGAAAGUGGCCUGGGAUAUUGACACUCCAGGACUUGUUCUGCCCCUUCAGCCAGGCGACUGCUACUUUAUGAUGGAUGAUCUGAACAUGACUCAUCAGCACUGUGUUUUGGUUGGAGAAGAGCCUAGAUUCAGCUCAACCCACCGUGUUGCUGAGGAAGGUGAUAGUACUUUAGACUAUGUCUUUGGACGGACUGAAGAAGCUUUAAGCAACCUUUUGAAAGAUUCAACUUUGUCAAAUGCUUCUCUGAAUUCAACAGAAAUCUCUAUCUUGAAAAAAACAGAAGAAAUCCAUAAUGAGGUGGAAUUUGAAUGGCUGAGACAAUACUGGUUUCAAGGGAGGCGAUAUGCAAAAUUUACUGAUUGGUGGUGCAAGCCCAUAGAAAAACUUGAAGAGGACUGGAAAGAGAUGGAGCUGAUGACUCUGCUCAUGCUUAAAGCUGUGGAGGAUGAAGGAUGGUCUUCAGAGAAAAAGCGAGAUGCCAUAGGAAGUCUUCUUCCAAUUCUUACAGAACGACAAGAGCUCCGUCAGCACUGGAAAAAACGAUGCCAGUCCAAGCUUGCCAAAUCCUUACCAGCUGAUGAUAGACCAAUAUGCCAGCCUUACUGGGAGGAAGGAGAUUUAUCUAUGCCUCUUCCUUUUGAUCUUCAGAGCACAAUAGCACACCUGGAGGAAAUUGUGACAUCUACAGGCAUUGAAGAACAUCUCUGAAUGAGAUCCUUAACAGCAGAUAUCAUCAGAAAACAAUGGCUCUGGAUACUGAUCUCUCGGGUUGUCAUCACUUGCAGUAAAAUGGAAUCCAUCUUUCAAGGACUGGUUGUACAGCAAAACUUUUAAAAUCAGAUGGGCGUCUGCUGUCAUUUGACCUUUUUCUACAGAAGUUGCCUGUUCUGACACUUUUUAGAUCCUCCUGUUUGUCAUUUUUUUAAAGUGCUACUCUUGCUUUUUCUGUUAUUUAGUUUUUCCUCACCAUGUAGUUCUCAGUUUCAAUAUUGUACUAAAUUCAAGUGCGUGUGUUAUGUCCCAGUUACUUGUAGGAUUCAUCUUGAAUUUCCUAAUUGGUAGAAGUUUCCUAGGUCCCUAAUGUCUCCAAGUCCUUCACAGACAGUGCUCUAUAUUUUUUGAAGGAGGCAGUCAGAACUGAGAUAUGUCUUCCUCAGUAUAUUCCAUGCACAAAUCCUUACUGGAAGAGGCAGACACAAUAUCUGUUCUCUCGUAUUAUUUUGACAUGUUACAUGUUUGUAACCUCCAUUAAUAUUCUACAACUCUUCAGUUUUUCUUUUUGUUUUUGCUGGAGAAGCAUUAUUGGCAUAUCAGUGAUAUAAAAUCAACACUUCUGGUUAUGCAGAGACCUUUAAAAGAUUUUGAAUAGAUUUUGAACCUCAUCUAAAAUAAGAUUACACCUUUAAUAGCUCUGCGCAAGUCAUACACAUUUCUUACAGUAUCUACUUCUGGAUAGAUUCAAACUCCAGAACAACAAAGAUGUCUAGGCAUGAAAAACACAAUGAUGAUGUAAAGCCUCCGUGAAAUAAACAUGCAAGCCUGUUUUUGUCCGGACAGAAAGCUGAACUGGUUGAUCCCCAUCUAGCAUUGAAUUCCACCUGAAGUCCUGGGCUGGAAUUACGAAAGGGAUGCUUGAGAGAGACCAUAUCUGACUUUGAAGAGCCAAUGUUAAGGAAUGGUGAGGAUGUUUUCUUCCAUCAUCUACUUGUGAACAGCUGUUCCUCCUUACUGGUGUUGGUAGUAUGUUCAGUUGAGUGUGUCAUCCUAGUGGAAAUAAUAAAUUUAUACUUAGUAAAAGUG